AUGGUUGCCCCCAAUAUUGCCACCACCCUAGAAUCCAUUGCACAAAAAGCCUCCACCAUGACAGACCACCUUCAAGUUCAGCAACAGAAGUUGGAGCUUCCGCCGGGGUUUAGGUUUCACCCGACGGAUGAGGAGAUCAUCAACUCCUAUCUGGUUCCCAAGGUGCUCGAUGAAGCCUUCAUCGCUGCGGCGAUUGAGGAUGUGAACUUGAACAAGUACGAGCCAUGGGAGCUACCAAAGAAAGCAAAGAUGGGGGAGAAGGAGUGGUACUUUUACUCCCGAAAGGAUCGCAAGUACCCCACUGGAAUACGAACGAACAGGAUGAUGGGUGACGGCUAUUGGAAGGCCACCGGAAAGGACAAGGAAAUUUUCCACCCGCCACACACGCUCAUCGGCAUGAAGAAGACGCUCAUCUUCUACAAGGGCAGGGCGCCUAGGGGGGAGAAGACCAAUUGGAUCAUGCAUGAGUAUAGGCUUGAGAGCAACCAGCAGCUGACAUCCAACCCGUCCACCGCAACCCGCACCGUCACCACCACUAACGCGGCUUCCAAGGAACAGUGUGUGGUUUGCAGGAUCUUCCAGAAGAGCACCGGACUGAAGAAGGUGGUGAUGCCGUCAUAUGUCAUGCCAAUGUCCACCGGAGCAGAACAUCGGCAGGGGUUCGCUAACUUAGAUACAUUGCCUCCUCUCAUGGACUAUGACAUGUCGUCAUCGCUAGCAAAUCCAACGUUGUUUCCUGCAGCUUCUUCAUACCAGUUGCACAACAUCGGGGCUGGCUCAUCGGUGAUGUGCAGCAUGGCGCUUCCUAUGAUGAAUGGCCACUACAUAGGGAACCGCCACCAGCAGAUGAUGGCAGACCCAACACCACCAUUAUCGUUCUACCAACAACAUCAGCAAAUGAUGAUGUAUAUGGGUGCGGAUCAGGGUUUCAUGGUCGGGGAUGAGACUGGGUGUGGGCCGUCGUCGAUGGUGUCACAUGAGGAUACUGUGCCCACGCAGAGCAACACCUACCAGGGCAACGUCACGGCAACAGUAGUUGGUAAGACCUCGUCGGUCAACAUGGGUAUGGAUGACAUGUGGAAAUACUGCUGA